AUGAAUACCUCGACCGUCGCCCUUCUCUGCGUAUUCGCGGUUGUCGCGUUCGCAGCACCACCGGCGAGACAAUCGAAGGACGAGCCGAUAGCUAUCCUGGCCUACAAUUUCGACGGACCGUACCCGGACGGUUCGUACAGCUACAGCUAUUCGACCGGAAACGGCAUACAGGCGCAAGAACAAGGCCAGCUGGCGAAGAUCACGAAUGACGAGGACGCUCUUCGCGUUCAAGGCUCCUUCAGCUACGUCGACGCCGACGGCAACCCCAUUGCCCUGAGCUACGUCGCUGACGAGAACGGCUUCCAACCGAAAGGCGAUCACCUGCCGACUCCGCCUCCGGUGCCCGCUGACAUCCUGAAGGCUCUGGAGUAUAUUGCCGCGCAUCCCGAGGAAGAUAAUCUGUGA